AUGAGUGUAGAAAAUGUGGUGAAAUGUAUCGUGGAGUUGGUUGCGAACAUUGCUAAGUGUGUCCGCUUCUUUCAUUUUCUGAGCCACAUGCGACUAGCGCGCGCUAGACAGUGGAUGACGCGCCGUGCCGUGUCAGUUGAGAUGACGUCCAGCGUCUAG